AUGGAUUAUGAACGCAAUAUGACAGGUCAUUUUUCAAAACGGGAAAUUGUAAUAAAAGCUCGCGUGGUGGAUGCUGCGUUUUCCAGUUUGCCAUUCAAAGCUGGUGUAGCUUUGAGCAGCCCUGCUGUCAUUCACAGGCACAGCAGCCCCGUGCUGCGGCACCACAAGGGACUGCUCUGCCCGCAUGUGUGUCUGCUCUCCUCUGCCUCCCGCCUGCCUGCAAGCGGGGAAACAGUCUGGUUUGAUAGGUGCCAUCUAGGAGGAGGUGAAAUAGAUGGCAAACGCACCCUAUUGAACUUGCUGCUUCCUGCGUUCUUUCCUGUCCCAGCCCAAGCAGCUCGUAAGAGGACAGCAAAGCUACUGUGCGUAAGUGAGCACAAGGUAUGGAAUUACACAGAACGAGUCUACGGGUCCGGCAUUUAUGGGGAAAAGGAAGGACAGGAAAUGAAUGGAGUUCUAAAGAACAUGCUUUCAGAGUGGUUCUCGACAGGAUUCCUAAACUUGGAACGGGUCACCUGGCAAUCACCUUGUGAAGUACUCCAGAAAAUUAGUGAUUCUGAAGCUGUGCAUCCUGUUAGAAACUGGGUUGAUAUGAAGCGUCGAGUUGGGUCAUAUAGAAGAUGCUACUUUUUUUCUCACUGUGCAAUCCCAGGAGAACCGUUGAUAGUCUUGCAUGUUGCACUAACCAGUGAUAUCUCCAGCAGCAUCCAGGCCAUAGUGAAAGAAGCACCACCUUUAGAAACAGAAGAUACAGACAAAAUUACAACAGCGAUUUUCUACUCAAUCAGUUUGACUCAGCAGGGACUGCAAGGUGUGGAACUUGGGACUUACCUUAUCAAGCGGGUUGUAAAAGAGUUGCAGAAAGAACUUCCUCAGAUAAAAGCUUUUUCUACUCUUUCACCUAUCCCGGGAUUCACAAAAUGGCUUGUUGGUCUCCUCUCCUCACAAACUAAAGAACUGGAAACAAAUGAACUUUUUACAAAAUCAGAGUGGCAAGAAAUCUCUGAGAUCACGGGAGACUCUACUACUGAAACUCUAAAGAAACUCUUAAAUAACAAUGAGUGGGUGAGAUCAGAAAAAUUAGUUAAAGUGCUCCAUUCACCAUUUAUGAGACUCUGUGCCUGGUAUUUGUAUGGAGAGAAACAUCGUGGCUAUGCUCUUAAUCCAGUGGCAAAUUUUCAUCUUCAGAAUGGCUCUGUGAUGUGGCGGAUAAACUGGAUGGCAGACACAAGCCCUCGGGGCAUUGCUGCUUCUUGUGGCAUGAUGGUAAACUACCGGUAUUACUUAGAGGAUACAGCCAGUAAUAGUGCAGCAUACCUGGGGACUAAACAAAUUAAAGCCUCGGAGCAGGUUCUUUCCUUGGUGUCUCAGUUCCAGCAAAAUAGCAAGCUUUAAUUAAAUGUUAGGAAAACUAGGAACAAGUGUUCCUCACCUAUAAAGAGCUGUAAUAUUUUGCAGCGUCUGUAUUUAAAUGAGGAUGUCCAUUAUA